AUGAGUUACCCACCUGCCCCACCGCCGUACAAUCCGAGCGCUCCUCCACCGCAAGGCGGCGGAGUUGGCUUCGAGCAGUAUCAACAGGGAACCCCGUAUCCCGCUCCACCACCGUAUUCAAACCCGUACCCAGCACCGUACCCGCAGCAUGGUCAUCACCAACAACAGCACGGACAUUAUCCCCCUUAUGGCCAGCCCCACAUGGUUUACACGGAACAACCUAAGACCGUGUAUGUCUACGACGACCGCCGACGAAGGCACGACAACAGUGAUGCAGCGGAUUGUUUUCUUUGGGGACUUUGCGCUGCCUGUUUGUGUUGCUGUUUGCUUGACAGUUAA